UUACUCCUCCAGAUGAGAUCCCUAUUAUCGUACUUGAUGUUUACUUCAAUCGCAGCUACUAAGCUAGAGAAACCGUGUGUAAUGGUCAUCAAUUAAAGCCGACCAAAGUAAUGCUUACUUUCGUGCUUAAUAGUCUUCUCCCAAAAGUCUGAGAAUCAAAGAGAAUAAAACCGAUUCAUCGUUGCUACCCCAAACCAAAAUUGCCAAAAGGAUUGGCGCUCCAAAACCCAGGACCCCUAAGCCUAGUUUUGCUGUUAUUUCGGCAAAAUAUAGUACACCCCUCCUCACCGUAUAACCGGGUAUUUUUGCAAAUAUUCACAGUUCGAAUGGCAUGUUGUUGCUCCGAUCCUUCACUCCUCCAAGCCCGGACGUCCGUUUCGUUUCUUGUCUACUUUUCCGGCGCCCAACUUCUAUGUUUCUUACUUUACUUUUUUUCUUUUUCUUUUCAUCUCAAUUAGAUCUGAUUCUCAAAACUGAUUCUACUCCUUUAGGGAGCAGAAGCAGAAGCUGGAGUGUUUGGGUGAAAUUCCAGAAGCACUUCCGAUGCUCUAAAUUACUCCCAGAAUCAGUUUUUUUAGAAGCUGGAGGGUACCAGCUUCUGAAAACUGAUUUUGAUUCUGCUUCUUCUUUAAAAAAGAAGCAGAAGCAGAAUCAGUUCCAAACACCCCCUUAAUCCAUUUUGAAAUUCUCAAAAGUUAAUUUUAGAUUUAAAUUAAAGUUGCUGAUAUAAGAGGAAAUUUGAUAAAAACCAAUUCUGAAUUCUCCUUCCUUCUCUAAUAAUACUGUAGUUGAUUUUAAUCAGCUUAAAAAUAGUGAAUGCCUACAAACUGUUUGAAAAAAUUACAAAGUGAAAGUUCAUUCCUCUUUGAUGAAAUACCUUA